GCCCUCGUAGCCGUAGGGUUUUGUCUUUCCAGUUUCUAGAUUCCUUUAAAAAAAACCAACAAAAACAACCCUCUCCCUUCCUCUCUCAAACUCCGAGAACCUUUCCAAUCUAAAAAACCAGGGCUAUUGUAGGGUUUAAGCCCCCGCCCAAAAAAUCCCAAAACCAAAAAAAGAACCGAACUUUCUAAUAAUUCCCCAAUUCACAUAAAUUGCUAGAAAAAUCAAGACUUUUGAAACCCUAGUAAAGAACCCACCAAAUGGUUCGGUCUCGUGGCGUCAAGCUUGUUGGUUGGCUCGCUCGCCGUUCUCUCCCCUUCAACCUCCUCGAAGAUUCUGCUGAUUCCGUAUACAAGAGUGUACUAAGUGGGAGUUUUAGGAGAUUGAGCGGUGCUGCUGGGGUUUAUAAUCCUGUUAGGUCUUUUGGCAAUCACACUCAUAAAAAUGUUAACCAAAAAAAUUGGUUGCUAUUGGGAGCUUUAAAUGCAAAUUUUGGUGCUGCGAGGUCAAUUCAUGGCUCUGCUCAUAUGUCCAAAGAUUAUUAUGAUGUACUUGGCAUUAGCAAGAAUGCUAGUGCAUCUGAUAUAAAGAAAGCUUAUUAUGGGCUGGCAAAGAAGCUCCAUCCUGAUACAAACAAAGAUGAUCCUGAAGCUGAAAAGAAGUUUCAAGAAGUUUCAAAGGCCUAUGAGGUUUUGAAAGAUGAUCAAAAGCGGGAACAAUAUGAUCAGCUAGGCCAUGACGCAUUUGAAAACCAAGAUAAUUAUCAGCCCGGUGGACCAGGAUUUGAGAGUCCAUUUGGUGACUUCUUCAGAAUGGAAGAUAUAUUCAGCAAUAUAUUUAGACAGAAUGUUGCUGGCCAAGAUGUCAAGGUUUCCAUUGAACUUUCCUUCAUGGAAGCUGUUCAGGGAUGCACCAAAACUAUUACAUUUCAGACUGAUGUGGCUUGUGAAGCUUGUGGUGGAGAAGGUGUUCCUCCAGGAGUAAAACCUCAAAUGUGUAAACGCUGUAAAGGCAGAGGCGUGAUAUCUACGCAAAAGGGUUUUUUCAGUUUUCAGCAGACAUGUGAUCAGUGUGGCGGAACUGGGCAAACUGUUUCGAGUUUUUGCAGGUCUUGCCAUGGACGCAAAGUAGUGAGAGGAUCAAAGACAAUUUCAUUGAACAUUCCAACAGGAGUGGAUGACAAUGAGACUAUGAAGCUCCCUAGAAGUGGCGGAGCAGACCCAGAGAAAAAUCAACCUGGGGAUCUCUAUGUUACAAUCAAGGUCCGGGAAGACCCUGUUUUCCGAAGAGAAGGCUCUAACAUUCAUGUUGAUGCUGUUCUAGGCAUUACCCAGGCAAUUUUGGGGGGAACCAUCCAAGUUCCAACUCUCACAGGAGAUGUUGUACUCAAGGUCCGCCCUGGCACCCAACCUGGUCAGAAGGUGGUUCUGAAGAAUAAAGGGAUUAAAGCACGGGCCUCUUACUCAUUUGGUGAUCAGUUUGUGCACUUCAAUGUCAAAAUUCCAACGACUUUGACCCCAAGACAGCGUGAAUUGAUUGAGGAGUUUGCCAAAGAAGAACAAGGUGAAUGUGACAAACGUGCUGCUGGAGCAUCUGGGUGAGGCCAUGGUAAUAUUUUUCUCGUGAUCGUCCCAUAUUAUUGCUUAGAAGAAGAUUAUUCAACAAAAGAGAAUGAUAAAGAAUAGGAAAAAGAUCAAUUGUAAUAACCGACCUGUUUCAGAGUUUUGUAGGAGAAAUGUUGAGAUGGGUCUGACUUCUUAUUUAUCCUGGAAGGUUACAUUUUUCCCCACCAAAUCGACCAUCGCAUGAUACCCCAUCUGAGACAAAAUGAUCGCUUUCAAUUUCAAUAGCUUAGUUUUGUAUAUAAUUAUACUUUGUACUACAAUGGUUGGUUCUUUUUUGGAUGAAUUACUGCAAUGAUUGUUAUGUGGGUGAACCUAUGGAUUCGGCAUUUCAUUAAAUAGAUGUCAAGCUUGUGGAAACACUUGCUGAUUUAUAUUUUACA